CCAGAACCUUGUCAGUAGGCACAGUGAAAGUGUCUAGGACGGUGUUGUUUAGGGAAAAAAAUACAACUGUGUCAAAUUAAGUGGUUCUGUGACGGAAAAGCUUAGUUUAUUUUUUGUGUGCUAAUGUGUUGUGUUUAAAUUCAAAUUAGUUCAAAAUGUCCUAUCUGGAUCAUCUGCAUAACAACUAUACCGCGCUGAGGCCAGAGGCACGCCUUUCACCGGAAAUACGUUACCUAGGCUGGAAUGUGCCCCCCGAAGAGCUGAAAUACAUUCCAGAGCAUUGGCUGAAAUAUCCCGAACCAGAAUCGUCUCUAUAUUAUUUGUUGGGGUUGUUGUAUGUUGCCUUUACCGUAUUCUCCCUGGUUGGCAACGGGUUGGUAAUAUGGGUCUUCACGUCUGCUAAAUCUUUGCGAACGCCUUCCAACGUAUUCGUGGUGAAUUUGGCGAUAUUUGAUUUUAUAAUGAUGCUCAAAACACCAAUAUUUAUUUACAAUUCGUUCACCAAAGGAUUCUCAACUGGCCACGUGGGCUGCCAGAUUUUUGCGUUCAUGGGAUCGAUAUCCGGUAUCGGGGCCGGUGCUACCAACGCAUGCAUUGCUUACGAUAGAUUCAACACUAUCGCUCGUCCUUUCGAAGGUAGACUAACACACACAAAAGCGAUCUUCAUUACGGUGCUGGUGUAUCUAUAUGCUAUCCCAUGGGCAACACUGCCGUUGCUCGAAAUCUGGGGUCGGUUCGUACCAGAGGGUUAUCUUACGUCAUGCUCAUUUGAUUACCUCACCAACACCUUCGACACUCGCAUGUUUGUCGGCACGAUCUUCACAUUCAGCUACGUAUUACCGAUGAGUCUUAUUAUUUACUACUACAGUCAAAUCGUAAGUCAGGUAAUUAAUCACGAGAAAGCACUUCGCGAACAGGCCAAAAAGAUGAACGUGGACUCGUUGCGCUCCAAUCAAAGCCAGGCAAACACAUCGGUUGAGGUGCGAAUAGCUAAAGCUGCUAUCACUGUCUGUUUCCUGUUCGUUGCAUCCUGGACACCAUAUGCAGUGUUGGCAUUGAUAGGCGCGUUCGGGAACCAGAGUUUACUGACGCCAGGAGUUACCAUGUUUCCGGCAUGUGCUUGCAAAUUCGUUGCUUGCAUCGAUCCAUACGUAUACGCUAUCAGUCAUCCGAGGUACAGAAUUGAGCUGCAGAAGCGUUUGCCUUGGUUAGCCAUUACUGAAACUCUACCUACUGAUAACGCAUCUACGACCACCGAAGCAGCUUCGACUAACACAGCAGCUCCGGCAUCUUCUUAAAUCGUAGUUAGUUACUUUUUUUCGUUGCAUUUGCGAUCGAUAACAUACCUGUUUUGUAAAAUGAAGACUUUUGCAAUGAACUUAACGGACACGCUAACUGGCAAUUAACCUGCGCUGGUAUUUAAUUUGUUUUUGAAAUAACUUGGCAAAUCAUAAAUGAACAUCUAAUAAAGACCAUUUUAUUGGCAAUUCUUUCCUUUUAUUUUAACUGUACAGUUUUGCUACUUCAAACUCACGCUUUUUGCUGCAGGCUUACCAAUCUUAAAGUAUAAAACAUAAAAAUGCCACAAUUUGUUCAAGAAAGCUAUAAUAAUAAAAAUUGACAAGGAGUUUAUGUAUUGAUGAGUAAUAUAAUUAGGAAUAACGAAGGAUUGAAAAGGAUCGUAAAAAAUACCAACUAUGGCUAAAUUAUCGGCGCAGUGUUAUGGAUACUUAAUAUUCAAUUAAUUUUUCCAUGCAAAUAAAUUCAUAAAGAAUUGUCCAAUCAAAAUAAACAA